AUGAAAUUUUUAGCACUAAUAUCAGGAGGCAAAGAUUCCAUUUAUAAUAUUAUUAGAUGUGUUCAAGAAGGCCAUGAACUUAUUCUAUUAGUAAAUCUAUAUCCAAAAUGUAAAAUUCAUUUAAAUUAGAAAUUGGAAUUGAAUCUGAUAGUUUCAUGUAUCAGAGUGUUGGCACUAAUGCAAUUCAAGCUAUUGCAUAAGCAAUGGAUAAACCCUUAAUGACAAGAGAAAUAUCAGGAAAACCCAAAAUUACUAAUUUAGAUUAUUAAAGUAAAGAUGAAGAUAGGAUUGGUGAUGAAGUUGAAGAUCUUUAUCUCAUUUUAAAGGAAGCUAUCCUUACAUAUCCUGAUAUCAAAGGAGUCAGUUCUGGUGCUAUUGCUUCCACAUAUCAGAAAUUAAGAGUUGAAGAUUGGUAAAACAAUUUACUUAUGUUAGUUGCAAUCGUUUAGGCUUAACAUCUCUUGCUUAUUUAUGGAAUCAAGAUUAGUUUUCUUUAUUGGACUAAAUGUUAUAAAAUAAUAUGAACAUAAUCCUCAUUAAAGUUGCAGCCAUGGGAUUGACUUAAAAGCAUUUAGGGAAAACAAUUCAGGAAUUAUAUGAUUAUUUCAAAGAAAUAGUAAGUUAAUAGCAGAUCAAUAUUUUUAGAAUAAAAAAUUUGGUUUUCAUCCUUGUGGAGAAGGAGGAGAAUUUGAAAGUUUUGUACUUGAUUGUCCACUUUAUAAAAAAAGAAUACAUAUGUAAAACAAUCUUUNUUGAAAGAAAAGCUUAAUUGGAAGUCUAAAUCUAAGAAUAAAAGGAUACCAUUGAAGAUGCUCAAUCAUGGAUCGAAUUCCACACCUUAGAAUUAGAAAAUAGUGAAGAGAGACUUGCUGGAUAAUAAGCAUGGUAUGCAGUCUAAUCAGAAAUCUAUGAAACUCAAACUGCUGAAAGGUAUCAUAGAAACUAUAAACUAGAGCUGCAUAAAAUGAAAUCGUUGACAGACUCUAAGAACACAUCAGCGAGAAAUUAUCAACCACCGCUCAAUUCAUCAGCAAGAGAAAUUGAUU